GGGGUACCCUAAUGUCCGGCCGUUACUGAGUGGGCAGGGCCGGGGCCGAGGCACCCUGCCAGGCGCGGUGCAGACACCAGCUCACCGGCUGACAGGACGGGAGGAGCCGGAGCCGGAGCCGGAGCCGGAGCCUGUCCCGAGAAUGUAGAAGAUAGCAACAUGGACAAAAAACUCCAAUACGUUAAAAAAGAGCUGCUCCGAAGGGAAAUUCCUCCAGUCUUGUUGGUGCUGCUGCUUCUAGCUGUGCUGCUCCUGAAUUUCCUUCUGUACAUGCAUCUCAACAAUGUGUCCAUCACCACCGGGCAGCCUGACGUGGACUCCAGCCUCUGCCCAUUUGGGUACUUCAGAUUAGGAUCAUUGAAAAAUUGCUCGCCGUGGCUGUCUUGUGAAGCCAUAAAUACAGAAGUCAGGAAACUGAAGUGUGUUGGUGAAGGGGCUGUGAAAAAGGUCUUUCUUUCUGAAUGGAAGGAAAACAAAGUAUCCCUUUCCCAGCUCGCCAACUCAGAGCUGAAGGAAGAUUUUCUUCAUGGACUGAAGAUGCUGAAGGCUCUCCAGAGCAAGUAUGUUGUCAGACUGCUUGGCUAUUGCGAGAAGCAGUUCACGGUCCUUACCCAGUAUCACCCGUUAGGCUCCCUGAAGAGCCUGAAUGAAAUGCUGGACCUUCCCAGAUAUAAGGGCUUGAAUACUUGGCAUCGCAGAUUCAUGCUCGCAAUAGACUAUGUGAGCAUCAUCCAUUAUUUGCACAACAGUCCUUUGGGCACCUUAGUAAUGUGUGAUUCCAAUGACUUGGACAAGGUGUUAUCGCAGUAUCUGCUGACAAGUGACUUUCAUGUUCUGGUGAAUGACUUGGAUGCCUUGCCUCUCGUGAACAAGAGCGCUGGCAGGCUAGUGAAGUGUGGCCAUCGGGAGCUCCAAGGCGAGUUUGUAGCUCCUGAACAGCUUUGGCCCUAUGGGGAGGAGGUGCCAUUUGAAGAUGACCUCAUGCCUCCAUAUGACGAGAAGACGGACAUAUGGAAAAUCCCUGAUGUCGCCAAUUUUUUCUUGGGCCACGUUGAAGGGAGUGAUAUUGUCAGGUUCCAUUUGUUCGACAUCCAUGCUGCAUGUAAGAAGAAGAACCCAGCUGAAAGGCCUUCCGCCCAGAUGGUCAUGGACACAUACAGGAAAAUGUUAACAUUGCUGUUCAGAGAGGCUGCCAUGCCUGGUACCAGGGAAAUGUUAUAAAUAACUGUGAGAAGACAUACAGGUACUCUGGUUGAUGUCCUGUUAUUUAUUUAGCACCCACAGGGUGCUAGGUCCUUUGCAGACUGGUAGCAGAACAAGGUCCCUACCCAAAGAACAAAGGAGACAAAAUUGACACUAGUGAUGGUUUGAAAAAAGGUAAAUCUGUUUCAUGAAAAAAAUUGAAAUGUUUUGACCCAACCCCCCUAAUUUUGAGGGGUUUUAGUGGUUUUUUUGUAUCUCCCCCUCUCCCUUUUCCUUUUUUGCCACUGGAAGAGGAGGGGCAGGGAAGGAAGAUAAAGCGGGGGUGGUAUUUUUGGUUUUGAAAAAAAAAGUGUGUUUUUUGU